AAAACCAAAACAGUUUUUUGGCGAAUUUUAAAAACCGAUAUUCUAACAAGUUAUCGGUAAAUGAAGCGCCCCUUGGUCUGGCAACCAACUAUUUGGCGUUGCCAGAUUGAUUUUACAGCGAUGGUUCGCAUAAAGAAUAGAUAUAUAGCGGUCCAGAUUGUGCCCCAUACGCCAACACAAUCUCUGCGUCUCAACGACCACAGCCUGGCCAAAAUCUUGCUCCAGAAUGUGGAGAAGUAUCACGGAGUGUACGGCCUCGCCGUGAUCGAGCAGGGAUUUCGUGUGAAGUACAUCAACGAUCGGACGAAAAUGGCUAUAAUACGUUGUCUUCAUCGAGGCCAACACUUCGUGUCCAGUAUAUUGCCACUGAUUACUUUGAUCGGAGAUGUGCGGGCCAAGUUUAGGACCCUCUACAUAGGUGCCACCAUCAUCCAAUGCAACAAGUUCAUAGUCAAGCACCAAAAACAGUUCCUGGACCGCGCCAUGGGCCAGAUAACCUCCGCCAAGGAGCGUCAGGAUCUCUUCAAGAGCGUCAUGGAGUUCGACAUGGACAGAUAGCAAUAGUUUGUUUAGAAUGUAAUUAAGUAAUUAUAUUUCAUGUUUUUCUUGUAGAAAAACCAUGCUUCCAAUUUGACUAAAAUGUAAAUCUUUUUGGUAUCGUU